AUGACAAUGACAAUAGUGAAGAAAUUGAAGAAGUUACAUUCUUUGGGUUACCAAAAAGAAUUUAUCAAUGAUACAGAUGAUAAAGAAGAAGAAUAUGGUAGUGGUGAAAUGAAGAAAAUGAGAUGGAAGAAUGAUAUCUCAAUAAACAGUUAA